AUGAAGCUCACAUUCAUAUUUGUUGCUUCGGCUUUGGUUGAUAUUGCAAUUGCAGUUAAUCCUUCAUCCCAAGAUAAAUCUCAAUCCCCUAGUUCCCAAGUCAAAAAUGGUGCCAAGCCUAGCGCGACCUCCAGUAAGCAAUCUAAAACGCCAGUUAAGCACGGUAGUAUUGGUCUCAAAAAGCCUCAAACCUCAAAUCAUGAUGGUAGUGGCCAUGCCGAUGAUGCUGAGGGUUCUGCCGAUGAUGCUGAGGGUGCUGCUGAUGAUGCUGAUGGUGCCGCCGACGAUGCUGAUGGUGCGUCUGACGAUGCUGAUGGUGCUGCUGACGAUGCACAGGGUGCUGCUGAUGAUGCACAGGGUGCUGCCGACACUGCACAAGCUGCUGCUGACAAGGCACAAGAUAGUGCAAACAAGGCAAAGGGACCCGAAAAUAAGGCUAGAGCACAAAAGGCUGCGGAUAAUGCACAAAAGGCUGCCGACAAGGCACAAAAAAUUGCCGAUGAAGCACAAAAAGUUGCCGAUAGACUAGCGAAAAAGGGUGGUAAACCAAAACCCAAGGGCGGUAACCCUGCUAAACUAUUGCCUUCCUACAAGUCUCCGAAAAAGCCUGGUCAGUCGGGCGGUAAGUAUGCCGAGGAAAUUAUUACAUCUGAUGCACUUACUCAUAAGCUUCCCGUUGUCUUGGUCGCGUUUAUGGCUGCAUAUUUAUCUGAUAUAAUCCUAUCACUUACAAUCUGA